AUGGUAUAAAGGUAGAUGGAUAUUAUGUAUUGUAAGCAUGAUGAGAAGGAAUAUAAAUAAAUGUAAAUAUUACAAAAGAAAAAAAGGAAAUUUAUAUAAACAGUGGUGGUGGAUCAUAUGAUUAAGAAGGAAAUUAGAAAAAGAUAGGAAAAUGGGUAGAAUUGGAUGAAGGAUUUGAUUCAAAUAAAUAAACUACAUAUAAUAGAGAAUAUAAUAUCUAUGGUUAUAAGAUUGGUAGAUGGGAUGGCUUUGAGUUAUAAAAAGACUCUUAUAUAUAUGGAGGUAUAGAUUUCAAAAUUUAUCAACUAGAAAAUCCAUUUAUUAUGAUAAUCAAUCAUCCUUAGCUAAAGAAAAGUAAUUAGUUGAUUUUAUGUUAGAUAAAUAUAAUAAACUAUAAUUUAUAAGGGACAAACAUUAGAUUAUAAAAAAGUAGGUAUAUGGGAAAUUAGAUCAUAAAAUUAGAAAAUGUAAUUAUUAUAAGUAUAUAGGCUAUUUGAAUAUGAAGUGGGGGUGGAUCAUAUGAUUUAGAAGGAAAUUAGAACAAUAUUGGAAAGUGGAUAGAAGUGGAUGAAGGGUUUUGUUAUGGUAAAUAAGUCACAUAUGUUGGUGAAUAUAAUUUGAAUGGUAUGAAGGUAGGUAUAUGGGAUAUUUGUUUGUUUGGAAGAAAUUAUUUGUAAAUAUAUAUAUGCUAAGGGGGAUAUGCAUUUAGAGGUG